CAUAACCAUAAAUUACAAAAGUAACUAUUAUAUUUUCAUCAAUAAACAUUGACACUCUUUUUCUCGCACUUUUCCACACACAAUACCAGUAAAUGUGGGUUUCCAGGUGUGAACAACAAAUAAAGCAAUUACCAUCAAUGUGUGUUUGACAAGAUAAAAUGUGUAUAUGACCACAUACUCUAUCCGCCGGUAUACGACUUUAAACGAAGAAAUUACCGUCAUAAAUUUGCAAAAUGUGUCCCUGAGGCUGAGGGGUAAACGCUCGACUAGCUGGCGUUAAACCGAUAUAUCCUGAUUUGUGUACGCAGUGCUCGUCACAAGAUUGCUCCGCCCACAUUACACGUUUCCAUAGCAACAUUCAACCAAAGACUAAAAAGAGAGUAAAAACAUGCAGAAAAUGUCCGCAAUGAACAGAAAAGUAAUUCAAAACCUCGCCGAGACUUUAUGCAAACAAGUCAAACAUUUUAAUAAAACAGAGACGGAGUGUCUGAUAAAGUUGUUCAACAGUCUGCUGGGAGAGCAGACAGAGAGAAAGGCGAAUCAUGGAGUGGACCGGGCUAAAUUCAGAAAUAUACUGCACAACACUUUCGGGAUGACCGACGAUAUGAUGACUGACCGAGUUUGCCGUGUCAUUGACAAGGACAAUGAUGGCUACUUAAGCAUUAAAGAGUGGGUUGAAGCUCUGUCUGUCUUUCUAAGAGGCACACUGGAUGAAAAAAUUAAAUACUGUUUUGAGGUGUAUGACCUGAACGGGGAUGGAUACAUCUCACGGGAGGAGAUGUUUCAGAUGCUGAAAGACAGCCUCAUCAGGCAGCCUACCGAAGAGGAUCCCGAUGAGGGGAUUAAGGAUAUUGUGGAGAUUGCCUUGAAGAAAAUGGAUUAUGACCAUGAUGGGAGAGUUUCUUAUGCAGAUUUUGAGAAGACGGUCAUGGAUGAAAACCUUUUACUAGAAGCUUUUGGAAACUGCCUUCCUGAUGCAAAGAGCGUACUAGCAUUUGAGCAACAGGCAUUUCAGAAACAACACGAACACUGGAAAGAAUGACUGGAUUUUGUGG